CAGGUCAACGACAUUGAAAGGAUUGGUAAACCACAACUCAGGUGAAAAUAUGUCUUGUGUUAUGGAAGAUUCCAAUGACACCACUUCAGAAAAUAAACAAUGUGAUGUUCUUGGAAGUAAAACUUCUUCAACAGAAACAGCAAAGACUUUAUAUUCUAUUGAGUCUCCUGCAACUUUUGAAUCUGCAAGCAAACACGGAUUUCACACAAUAAAAGACUUGGUACCAGAGGAAAUGUCAGAUUGUCUAAAACCUAAAGCCAUUACUGUUUCAGAUGUUCCAAUGAAUUCCAAGGAUUUAGAACAAUCUAGUAUGUUACGAGAUGAUUGUGGGACAUACAAGAUAAUUUUGUGUGCUGGUUCAUCAAAUUCAGAAAGUGUAACAGAAAUUUCUAAAACAGUUGAAAAGGUGAAUGAUAAUGGCAUAAGUGGCGAUUUUAGGAAAAGUGCUAAUGAUGCUUUGUUGUGGAACCCUGCCAGUCAAGUCUGUGAAAGUUUUGAUAAAGAGGAAAAUCUACCGGAUUCUUCAAAGGGAGAUAAUCCUAUACAUGCCGCUAGUCCAAAACCCUAUAAUUGUCCAGUCUGUCAAGAUGAGAUAGUUUGUGAUGAUUUAUCUUAUUUUAACCAACACAUUGACAUCUGUCUGAAUAAGAAAAUUGUCAUGGACUGUUCUAGAUAUCGCCCUGAGGAAGAUCGCAAAACAAAACUGUCGAAAACACCAAAUUCUGUGAAGAAGAGAACACCAGUCAGGAAGCUCUCUGGUUCUCCAUCCACACAAAAGGAUAAUCGGAAAACAAAAAUGUCUACCUCACGACUGUCCAGCUCACUAUCGAGUCCUAAAAUGUCUACCCCACAACUGACCAGCUCACUUUCGAGUCCUAGAAUGGGUGUGAGUUGUACAAGUGACCAGGCUGUAACAGAGAGUAAAGAUGACAACUGUGUUGAUAAGUCUAUGGCUACAUGUACAUCCACUAAUAACAAGUUAGAUGUUCCCGAUACAGGUGUGACCUCCUCUCCUCUGUCCGGAGUGUCUGAGGGGUCAAUAGAUACUCAGAAGAUGAUAUGUCCAGUGUGUUUCAUGGAGCAGACAGGGACGAGUCUGGACGAGUUUAACACUCAUGUAGACACAUGCCUGUCUAAGGGUACCAUCACGCAGAUAUUACAGGAGCAGCGCGUCAACACUAAACG